AUGUCUGUUCUAACAUUACGUGGGUUUUUGGAAUCAUUGAAGUCUCGUCCAAUCCAAUCGUAUGUUGAACCUCACUUAAAGCAAUUGAAUAUAGUGUGUGGGAAUGAGUCAGCAGAUUUUGAUUCUGUAUCUAGUGCUUUAUCAUAUGCAUAUUUCGAUUACUUAUACAAACAGCAGCAGCAAGAACAAUUAUAUGAGGGGACAAGCACAAAAAAUAAAAAGUGUAACCCAUUAUUGCCUGUCAUUAAUAUCCCUCGCGAAGAUUUGAAAUUAAGAAAAGAUAUUGUUUUGAUGUUAAACAAAGAAUAUUGCAUAUCUGAAGAUUUAUUGUAUUUCCAAGAUGAUUUGAUUACUUGGAAGUCAGAUAAACAGUUAACCAUCAAUGCUGUUUUAGUUGACCAUAAUGAGCUUGUCAACAAGUCACUUGAACUAGUUGAUAAUGUUACUGGUGUUGUGGAUCAUCAUGUGGAUGCAACGCUGUAUAUGAAGGCUGAUCCACGUAUUAUUAAGGUCACAGGUAGUUGUACAUCAUUGGUGAUGAAUUAUUGGUAUAAUUUAAUUGAAGAUAAAUCAUCUAUGGUUGAUAUGAUAAAAUUUAUGUAUGGUGCAUUGUUAUUAGACACUGCAAAUUUCAGGCAUAAAGUAGAAGCUCCAGAUCGCAGUGCAUUAAACCAUUAUUACGAGAUCUCAGGUGGUUUUGAAACUAGUACAACAAUGUUUAAUAGGAUUGAUUUUAAGUCAACUGGGGAUGACGGUUUUUUUAAGACAUUAAAGAAGGCUAAGAAGGAUAUCAAAGGUUUAUCAGUCAGAGAUGUUAUUAGGAAGGAUUAUAAACAGUUUGUAUUCGAUUUAAGUGGAACAAAUGGCGAUAGAAUGAUUGUUGGGAUUGGUUCGAUGGUGAAAUCAUUAAAAUGGUUAUAUAAACAAUAUGAUGGGAUAAACCAGUUUCGUAAAGAAUGUGAUUUAUUUAGAGAAGGCAACCAAUUAGAUUUACUUGUAAUUAUGUCGUCAUAUAAUGACAAAACUCAAGAUAUGUUCACAAGAGAGAUGGGAUUAGUUUGCUCAAGUGAGAAGAAAGAGAUUGUCUCAUCAAUGAUAAAAGGGAUGAUACCAUUAUUAAAAUUAGAACCAUGGCAAAAGAAUAGUAAUAAUGAUAAUAAUGAUGAUAAUGAUGAUAGUCAAUCUUUGGAUAGAACGGAAGGCUCACUUUCCCAAUCAUGUUUUUGGGAAUUUAGACAAUUGAAUGUUGAAGCCAGUAGAAAGCAAGCAGUGCCAAUUAUGAAACAAAUUCUUGGACAUUUAUAG